GAAGCUCAUGAUGAAUGCCGUGGAUCCUGCUGAAUACUAUCAGGGUAACACUGUAGAGAUGAACAGACAGCUCCAUGUCUCUGUGCAGAGGAAGCAGGAGGAGAUCACAGCCCUAAAGGAGAGGAACGCUGAGCUGAUGGAGCAGGUCAAACAGACCCAGUUUUACGCUGCUGUACUGGACGCCUUCACUUCACACCCUGACAACACUUCAGAGUGUGUGUCACACCAAGGUUCAACUUCCACAACACACACACACUCCUAUUCCUCGAGUUCUGAGCCAUCUGACCGGCAUUUCGAUGCAGCUUUACAGACAUCAUGGCUCGAGUCUCUUCUCGAUCACACACCGCCAGAGGAAGACGAGUGCUCGUACGGAAUCCUGUCAGAACACACCAACGCAGGAGUGAAGAGAAAAUUAUGGCCAAGUGACAUUGAGUCCAGCAGCACUAACAAUCCUGCAGACAAAAAAUCCAGACUGGACCAAGAGUUUCUUGACCAAUCAGAACAUCAGUUAUCUGAACAGCUGGAUUCAGAGACCGUGCAGGUUUUCGGAUCUUUCCGCAACUUCCAGGUUUCGAAGGCCGCACCUUGUGCGACCUCUGACCUUUGGAGAGAGGGGAAGCGUGUGCUUUUUAAGACAUCCAUCCGAGAACACAGCACGGUCCGGACCAGAGGUUUCCCUCAAGGCAAAACUUUCACGUCAUACACACCUGACGGAGGCUGUAGGUUCCUCUGGAUUCCCAAUCAGAUCUGAAACACUUCCUCUGUUCUUGUUUGUGAAAUCGUGUGAAUACUUUAUAACAUUUAACAGAGAGACUUAUUUUAUCUCAUUUUUAUACAACUGAGCAAUUGAGGGUUAAAACCCUUCCUCAGUGGACGUAUCGAACUCACAACCUUCCGAUUGGUAGCCAAUCACC